UACUUUUCUCUUUUAAGUUGCCGGCGGCUGCACACGGCACUAAUCAUAACCAACACACGUGGACUGAGAUAGAGUCUAGCAACAUGGCCGACACAGUUGGGAAGACAAUAACCUGCAAAGCCGCCGUGGCAUGGGAGGCCAAGAAGCCCUUGACAAUAGAAACCAUUGAGGUGGCGCCACCCAAGGCAGGAGAAGUACGAGUAAAGGUUCUUGCUACUGGAGUGUGCCAUACAGAUGCCUACACGCUUGAUGGCUUCGAUCCAGAGGGUCUGUUUCCAGUUGUGCUUGGCCACGAGGGUGGAGGAAUAGUUGAGAGUGUGGGUGAAGGAGUCACGUCGGUGAAGCCAGGCGACCAUGUGAUUCCGUGCUACAUUCCUCAGUGCUAUGACUGCAAGUUCUGCAAAAGCACCAAAACCAAUCUGUGCUCAAAAAUAAGAUCUACUCAAGGCGCUGGAGUAAUGCCCGAUGGCACGUCCCGGUUCACUUGUAAGGGGAAGCAACUCUACCACUUCAUGGGCACCAGCACAUUCAGUGAAUACACUGUUGUUGCUGAAAUAUCAGUUGCCAAGGUUGAUGACGGAGCCCCAUUGGACAAAGUGUGCCUUCUUGGGUGUGGGAUAUCCACUGGAUAUGGUGCUGCCCUCAACACUGCUAAUGUUGAUGCUGGUUCCACUUGUGCUGUAUGGGGUCUUGGCGCUGUUGGUCUGGCCGUCAUCAUGGGAUGCAAGAAGGCAGGAGCCAGUCGUAUAAUUGGCAUUGACAUCAACCCGGACAAGUUCGAGACUGCCAGGCAGUUCGGAGCUACAGAGUUUGUGAAUCCCAAAGAUCAUGAACGUCCCAUCCAGCAGGUUCUGGUGGAAAUGACAGAUGGUGGUCUUGAUUAUACAUUUGAAUGUAUCGGCAGCGUGGCAACUAUGAGGGCUGCACUGGAGUCUUGUCACAAGGGAUGGGGUGUGUCCACCAUCAUCGGUGUUGCGGCUGCUGGACAGGAGAUCUCCACACGCCCAUUUCAGCUGGUCACUGGUCGUGUGUGGAAAGGGUCAGCUUUCGGGGGCUGGAAGAGUCGAGACAGUGUGCCCAAACUUGUGCUGGAGUACAUGAAGAAGGAACUGAAGGUGGAUGAGUUUGUCAGUUUCACGUUUCCCCUUGAGCAGGUCAACACAGCCUUUGACUACAUGCACAGUGGCAAAAGUAUACGCUCUGUGGUGACACUGAGCUAGAUCCAGAUGGCUUCUAAAAUAUCCUAGCUGACUGCGUAAUGUGACAACACCAUGUGACUUCUGCCAACUUCACUCCAUACAACCAAUUGUGCUGCUUUAAUGGUUAAUACAGAAAAAGGAUUUCAUGCAUUCAUGACAUGUAUUUUGUAAUGAUUUAUAUGAUGAGAACCAAUCAGGACAACAGGUGGAAAUUGUGUUUCUCCGUGUGGAUCGGUGGACUUUCUUUCUUACAACAGUAUAGUACUCAGAGGAACUGGAUUAAACUGUGCUGUAAAUACU